AACAGAAACAACAGACGAGCCGACCUAAGAAAUCGAAAGCAAGGCUUGUUUUUUUUAUAGGCUUUUAGAAAAAUAAAUUUUGGGGAAAAACAAGCAGGAAGCCUCGCUGAGAAUUUGAAAAUCGCAUAGGGAAGAAAUAGCAAUUCGAAGUAGCCCAAAAUUUUCUAUCGAAUUUGUUGGCAUGUCGAAGAGUCUUGAGCCUUCAGCAAAUAAUAAGGGCUUUAUUGUCAAUGCUUUAAAAAAAGAACUGAGAUUAGAUGGUCGAUCCUUGACUGACUUUCGAGAUCUUAAAAUCGAAUUUGGUGAGGACUAUGGUCAGGUAGACAUUUCUUUGGGUUCUACUAGGGUUAUGGCACGUAUCUCUGCUGAAAUUACAAAGCCGUAUUCGGAUCGACCUUUUGAUGGAAUAUUUGCAAUUACAACCGAGCUUACGCCUCUCGCUAGUCCUGCUUUUGAGACAGGAAGGGUAUCUGAGCAAGAAGUUAUCAUAUCCCGCCUAAUUGAACAAGCUAUUCGACGUUCAAACGCUUUAGAUACAGAAUCUCUUUGUAUCAUUUCCGGGCAAAAGUGCUGGAGCGUUCGAGCUAGUGUUCAUUUUAUAAAUCAUGAUGGAAAUUUAGUGGAUGCUGCUUGUAUUGCGGUUAUAACGGGACUCUGUCAUUUUCGAAGGCCUGAAAUUACCGUUCUUGGUGACGAAGUUACGGUGCAUUCUAUUGAAGAACGUGUCCCUGUUCCUCUUUCCGUUCUCCAUACCCCAAUUUGUGUAACUUUUAGCUUUUUUGAAGAUGGAAGUUUGUCAGCUAUAGAUGCAUCUCUUGAAGAAGAAGAGCUGCGUACUGGUAGUAUGACCGUCACUCUUAACAAGAACCGCGAAAUUUGUCAAAUCUUUAAGGCUGGUGGUGUUACAAUAGAGGCUUCUAGUGUGGUUGCAUGUGCUCAUACUGCUUUCCAAAAAACGACGUCUAUCAUUUCCGAAAUUCAACGAGCUUUAGAUGAGGAUUUGUCCAAAAAAGAGACGCAAUUUUUUGGAGGCUCUGCUGAAAAUCAACGGUCUUAAAAAAGGAUGUAUUUUGAUACUGCUUACUGGUUAUAGAUUGAAUCCUAAUGAUUUUGUUAAUAUCAUGAAAUUCUUCAUAAGAAAAAUCAUAGUUCCCUUUUCAUACACAAAAUAUUACAAGCCAAUGCUUACUUAUCUAAGACAAAAUGAAAGAAAAUACGUAUAAAACCACA